AUGUUUACCUUUCGUGAACUCAGAUCAAAACUCAAGGUGGCAGAAGGAUGGUCUCGCGAUUACUUCAGAUCGGACACGGAGGAAUUGAGCCUUCUUGAAAAAGAUGAUGAUUCGGAAUCUCAAUCUCUCGAGUAUACAUCAGACGACGAAGACAGAGCCCCUGGAAAGCUCCGCCUGGUGCUGUGCAUCACGACCAAUAUCGUUUCGACGGUUUCAAUAGUUUUCACAAAUAAGUACAUUUUCUCCAACGAAACACUACGCAAUUGUCAAAUGGCCUUUGCGUCUUAUCACUUUUUCAUUACCGGUCUCACUUUGUGGGUAAUAUCGCGGCCGUUCUGCGGUGCUUUUGUGGCCAAAUCAGUCUCUGUUCGUCGGAAUGUUCAUCUGAUCGUCCUUACGUGCGCUCAAGUCGUCCUUCAAAACAUCUCCCUAGCAAAUUCGUCUAUUAUAUUCCACCAGCUCGUGCGAUUAUUACUAACGCCUGCAACCGCUUUACUGAGCUUCCUACUCUAUCGCUCUGUCAUUCCUAAGGCAUCCAUUCUUCCAAUGAUUAUUUUGUGUGGAGGCGUGGGAAUUGUAUUCUGGUCCGAUUCAUAUUCCGCGCCUAAUACAGCCGUUGAAACAUCUUCCAAGGGUGUUAUAUGUGCAUUUACUGGUGUCAUCGUUAGCGCCUUUUACACAUCACUGGUUGGAAGCUACCAAAAAAAGUUGCAAGUGAACAGCAUGCAGCUCUUACUCAACCAAGCACCAAUGAGCGCCAGCUUACUUUUGUGUAUGGUCCCCUUUCUUGAUACACCGCCCACAACCACGGGACUUUCACCAUCUUUAUAUGUCGCGAUUAUCGCAAGUGGUUUCUUUGCUUGUCUCGUCAAUGUGUCACAAUUUGCUGUAAUUGACGCCGUGGGUCCCGUUAGCAGCACGGUCACUGGGCAUUUGAAGACAUGUACGAUUGUGGGCCUGGGUUGGUUCCUAAGUAACCACUCUAUCUCGAAGCAAAGUAUUGCCGGGAUUCUCAUGGCUUUGCUUGGAAUGGGC